AUGACCGAAUUCACAUCUUCUUUCAAAAGAAUUUUCUGCAAUGUCUGGAGAGAGAAGCGAAUCUUUGCCAUCUCUUUUGGCAUAGCCUUCGCGCAGUUCCAGUAUGGCUUCGACUCUUCUGCAGUUUCAGGCUUCCAAAGCAUGGUUGGAUUUCUGAAAAUCUUUGGUUAUGAGGAUCCAACCGAAUUGAUUGGAUACAACAUCCAGACCACUCCGCAUACCCUCAUCCAGAGCUUGAUGCAGGUUGGCGGGUUGCUGACUUCCAUCUUCAUCUUCACACUGGGCUCGGGCAUCAGUCGUCGUCUCGGCCUGUGGAUUGCCUCGGCAUUUAGCUUGAUAGCUGUCUCCGUUCAGAUUGGCACCACAAGCUUCACAGGCCUAUACAUAGGCCGCUUGCUUUUGGGUGUAUCCAAUGGUUUUUAUCUCACUUACUCUGUGACAUAUAUGGGCGAGAUAGCUCCAGCAUCCAUUCGUGGCGCACUCAUCGGCCUGGUAACGUUCCAAACGUCUUUCGGUGCCCUCGUGGGUAUCCUUGUCGAUAACUAUACCGAGACCUAUUCCAAUCGGCUGUCGUAUCAAGUACCUUUGGCCGUCAUGUACGCUAUUCCGGCGAUGCUAUCGGCUGCCCUGAUAUUCCUUCGCGACACCCCCAGAUACUACAUUUCAAUCGGCCGUGAAGAUCUGGCUUCGGCCUCCAUCCGACAAAUACGUGGCAUUGAGGAUGAGAUCCCGACUUCGGAAUGA